AUGGGGGACGCUGGUAGCUAGCUGGUCGUCAUCAACCCAACCCCGACCUCUCCUAUUUUUAAGCAGCCUCAGAUCGAUCGAUCAGUCAGAUCAAUCUUCCACAAACAGAGAGAGAGAGAGGGAGAGAGAGAAGAGAAUGGUUUCAAGGGAGCAGAAGAGAGCGGCGGCGGCGGCAGCAGCAGCAGCAGCACUGCAUGAGAAGCUGCAGCUUCUUCGAUCCAUAACCCACUCUCCUGCUCUAAACGAAACAUCCAUCAUUAUGGACGCAUCAAAGUACAUAGAAGAAUUGAAACAAAAAGUGGAAAGACUGAACCAAGACGUGGCAUCUCCGCAAAAUUCACAUCACCCAACUCCUCCAUUCCCGGUGGUUACUGUUGAUCAAACCCUAGAAAAUGGGUUUCUUAUAAAUGUUUUUUCACAAACGAGUUGUUCCGGAUUUCUCGUCUCCAUAUUGGAAGUCUUCGAAGAGCUCGGUCUCAACGUGCUGGAUGCUAGGAUUUCUUGUGCAGAUAAUUUUCAAUUUGAAGCAGUUAUGCAAGAAAAUGAAGGACAAAGUGAAAGCACCAAUGCUCAAGAAGUGAAACAAGCAUUGUUGCAAGCUAUCAACACUAUUUGGAUGGAGACACUUGAACGAGACUAAUCAAACUAUAUUAGUUACUAUCUUUUUUUAAACGUCUUGUUUUCAUUUACUGGCUUGGUUGAAAAAGUUGCUAAUGAGAAAAAUAAAAAUUGUGAAUUUAAGACUUAA